UGGAAGAUGAUGAGUAGCAGUGGAAUCGCCGACGCGAAUGGACGUGGUGUGUGCUUUUGGGUAGCUUCGCGAUCAACGGGAACGGGUCGGUAUUACAGAGGUCGUCCGAAAGAGAUCAGAACAAGCCUGCGGUAGUGCGGAAGAACUAGGAGGACGAGCUCGGGCAAGGUCGUAACGCAGAACUUUCUCAUUGUGGCGGUUGUUCGCGCGGGAGAAGCCUGGAUUUUGAUUAGAUAAACGAAGCUUGCAACGAAAUUGUCUCCGAUCGUAGCAGGUCGAGGGAAACCCGGUGGGGUUCGACGAAGAUUCCGGACCUUUUUUGGAGAACCCGGAGCGGAGUGUGUACGUGAAGCGGCGACGAGCGCGGCACGACCAAAACGAGACUUGCCGUCGUUGUUGUGCAGAGGAGAGAUAGAGUGAAGACUUGUUGCAGAGGAGGGGUAUACGAAGCAAAACAACAACAAGUACAGAAGAGGAGAUGUGUUUAUAAAUUAAUAUUAAUUCAAUCAACAAGAACGAAUGUGACGAAAGUGCUGAAGCCGCACUGAAGAUCGCAAGCCGUCGCGUCGUGACACACGGACGUAUCGCAAAGGUUUCGAAAGAAAAAAACACGAUCACGAUCGUCAUCAGAGAGCAUCGCAGUAGGCAGUGUCGUAGCGUUGCGCGCAAACGCAUCAUCCACCUGUUUACGGCCGGCGCAUGGCCUGCUAAAAAGGUGUUCAGAACGAGUCCGUCGGGUUCAGAAGUGAUCGUGAAGAAUUGCGGAGUGCGUCGUGAACUGAAAGUCGGCCGGCAGCGGAUGCUGUAGGAGGGAUCUUUUGGCCAUCAACCGGCACGGAGGUGGGCAGUUUGUUAAGUGCGGGUGUUAUUAAUUCAUACGCCUCGGCAAACAACUAACACCAACCAAUCAACUGUGUGGGUGGGGUGUGGAUGUGAGGAAAAUUUGUUGGUUGAAGGGAGGGAGAGUAAGGAAGAAAAAGAUUUUGCUUUCUGAAGGAAGAAAAAAAGUAAAAGUGUUUGCCACGAUUGUGAGUUAGUGUGUGUGUGUGUGUGGUUUUGUGGUGGUAGUAGGCUUGGUGGAAAUUCGUACCGAAAGUGAAACCCCUUGAAGAAGGAGGUGAGCCUGCUUUGAUUUGAGUGUAGAUGUGUGAGGUGCUAUGGUAGAUGAUUUUCGAAAGAGGCAAAAUUACAGAGGAAGUGAAUAAAGUAUAGUGUAUGUGGCAAAGCGGAAGCCGAGAGGAAAACCUCCAACGGAGGUGACGCAGGAAAAAAAAUCCGUAUUCUGGGUCAGAGAGGCCGCGGAAAGCCGGCGAAAAUAAUGUUGAUUUAUAACAAUUUCGUCUUUAUAGAGAUUCUUUGAGCUGUGCGAAGUCAGUGGAGGAAAAAAAAAGAAGAAAAACCCAGUAGGCCAAGUCGCAAGGAAAAUCUGUCCGGAAAAGUCGGGGAUCGUAGUUAGCGUCGACGACGCCGGUCCGAUGCUUGAAGAAGGGGCAGAAGGAUAAUAACAGAAGCGGAGUGUGCUCGUAGCUAUAACGAAAAAGUUUCUUUAUUUAUGAAGACGGUGUAGACCGGCCACGUGGUGGGGUGAAACGGGCGCUGUAGACUGACUUGGACCCUAUUCGGGCUGCCGCCCGCUCUGAAGUCAUCAUUACAGACUAUAUUAUGGAAAAUUAUAGCUAAGGAGUGUCAUUCGCUUGCGGGGGAGGAGACACAGACAAAAGCCAACCAAAGUAGAAAAAGAAGAAGAAGACGAACUGAGUCGAAAAAGCACCAAAAACGCCAGAGUGUCACCCUUCAAACUUCACAGGACCAGUUUAACUAGGAUCAAUUGAACGAAAAAAAAAAUCGAACCCAUGAUCUACUAGUGCCAACAUCGGAGCCCGCACAAACCGCAAUUCGAAUGCGCCGUCCGGCCUGGAAGCCGCCACAGCCACAGCCAACCGCCGCCCACCAGCCUAAUUUGGUCCGGUUCCGGCUUGCGCGGCCGUUCGAAUGUACCACCAGACACCACCUGGCGGCAGCAAGAAGUGUAGCAGCAGCAGCAGCACCAGCACUAACCGACAGCACCGCCCUGGUGGCGUAGAUCAGCAGGUCGUCAAGCUGUUGGCGGACGUUGGCUACAUCGCGGACCGUCUGCGCAACCUGGAACGGUGCUGGGAGCUGGCCGAGCUGAAGGAUCUGCACAAGCGCAUCGUGGUGCUGCUGGCCUCGGACGAGUGUCCCCCGGUGAAUGUGUUGCGUGCGAUCCGGAACGAUCAGCUGCGACCGCUGCAGGCGGAACUUCACGGACGUACCCAGCUGCAGCAGGAGGUGGAACAGGCGGCAGUCGAGGCCCGGCAAGCGGACAAGGUCAAACGAGCCCGGUGGCGCCAGGAGGUGGACUGUUUGAACGCCGAUGAUGAGACUGCCCAGGCAAAGCUCGCACAGCUAGAGGACUUUGUGGUGGCGUUCUACCGCAGUUACAGAGACACUAGGCAAAGUAACCGGGUACGGGGGGGAAACUGUUCGAGGAAGUCCGCGAAAAAGGUUCGCGAGAGGAAGGUGUUUCCCUUUUUGCCAUCAUCUUCAUCGGAUUCAUCGCCAUCGCCAACGCAAGAGUCUUCUUCAUCGAGUCCGGCCAACACCGCCACCAACAAGUGCCAUCAACAGCAACAGAACAAGCCAAAUCAAACGGACGACGCAGAGCAACAACAAUCAUUCAGCACAUCGCAGGCCGAUCGUACUAUGAACCAGGAUCGCGAAGACGGAGAUCCAAACGUAGCAUCUGAACAGCAACAAGCCAAACAACCCGACGCGUCGACAAAUCCCAGCGACGACACCAAUCCCAGUGAUGCCAAACAACCGGAACCGACUACCAGCAGCAGCAGCAGCAACAACGCCAACAACACUUCCACCACCAAAGAUGACGACGAGGACGAAGAUGUCACGACGACCAACACCGCAACGACGACCACCGCAAGCGAACAGCUGGUCACGGUAGUUCCGACCGUCGCCAAUGCCACCCCCGACGAGAAGCGACCCUCGCUGGACGGCCCCAACUCAUCCCCCCUCACGUCCCCUGCCAAGUCCCGGCACGUGGCUCCCUCCGGGGACAGCACCGAGCCGGACGAGGAGGAAGACGACGACGACGACGACGGCGGCGGAGAUUGUGACGACGAUGGGGCAAAUGGGCUGGGCGGAGAGGUGGCCGAGCGGAACAAGCUGAGGAAGCGCAUCUCCGAGCUGGCGAAUAAUUUUGCCAGCGCGAAACAGUUCCAGCAGAUGUGCGACAACAUUGACGCGAUCAACGACGCCGAGCUGCGGGCGCUCAUCCGGGAGCUGAAGCGGAAGAUCGAGUUUGCCGAGCGGAUGAACUGGAUGUGUCUGUCGAGCAGGCCGCGGGGUCCGCCGCACCGGAAGACCAGCCUGCCGAAGCACACGGACGUGAAGAAGCGCUUCCUGGAGGUGGCGGCCACGACCCUGCCGGACGAGGUCAAGGCCGCCCUCCGGCUGCCGGCGUUCGACUCGUACGAGUGGGAGGACUGGGACGUGAUCCACCUGAUGCAGACGAUGUUCGUCGAGCUGAACCUGCUGGACAAGUUCCAGAUCCCGCCGGAGACGCUGCGCGAGUGGCUGUACGAGGUGUACAAGCACUACAACGACGUCCCGUUCCACAACUACCGGCACUGCUUCUGCGUGGCCCAGAUGAUGUACGCCAUCACGUGGCACACGAACCUGAUCCAGCGGCUGGGCGAGCUGGAGGUGCUGAUCCUGCUGGUGUCCUGCAUCUGCCACGACCUGGACCACCCGGGCUACAACAACAUCUACCAAAUCAACGCCCGGACCGAGCUGGCCCUGAGAUACAAUGAUAUUUCUCCGCUGGAGAACCACCACUGUUCGAUUGCAUUUCGGCUGCUGGAACAUCCGGAGUGUAACAUCUUCCGCAACAUGGACAAGGAGUUGUAUAAAGACGUUCGCGAGGGAAUCAUUCGGUGCAUCCUGGCCACGGACAUGGCCCGCCACAAUGAGAUCCUGACGCAGUUCCAAGAGGCUACCCCCAUUUUCGACUACAACAAUAAGGUUCACACAAAUUUGCUCUGCAUGGUGCUAAUCAAGGUCGCGGACAUCUCGAACGAGGCCCGCCCGAUGGACGUGGCCGAACCGUGGCUGGACCGGCUGCUGCAGGAGUUUUUCGCCCAGAGCGCGGCGGAAAAGUCCGAGGGCCUGCCGGUGACGCCCUUCAUGGACCCGGACAAGGUCAGCAAGCCGGGCAGCCAGGUGCGCUUCAUCGGGCUGGUGCUGCUGCCGCUGUUCGAGGCGCUCGGCGAGCUGCUGCCGGAGCUGACCGAUCUGAUCAUCAUGCCGGUGCGGGUCGCGCUGGAUUACUACAAGAAACUCAACGAUGCCGCCAGUCGGCAGCGCCGUUCGAUCGCCGAGGCGGAACAGUCGUCGGAGAAUGCCAGCACGGCCACGACGGGAACCACCGGAACGGGAACGGCCGGGGGAAGCAGUGGCGGUGGGGGUGGCGUUAGCAGUAGCAUCGGCGGGGGAACCGCGGGUGGGCUGAGCAACAGUUCGACCGGAUCGCCGCAGUUGCCGCGGUCGCAGAGCGGAAUCAGCGUGAAAUCCAGACGUAGUAUCCCGUCGCAAAAGUCCGCCAGUAGAACAUCUGUUGAUGAGCCUAUUUUAAUUACAGCCGAACUGCACGACCUGCCCGAGGGUAGCGAGAGCGGCGACUCCGAGACGGCGACGGAGGUGGAUGUGGCGGAAAAAACGUCCAAGUUCAAGGUGGACACGGAGAGUAGCCACCGCAAGCAGUCGCACCCGAACUCGCAGUCGUCCCGCAAGGGGAGCCGCGAGAAGCGUCCGUCGAUGAUCGGCGAGUACUACCAGACAGGUACGCGCAUUCGUGGCUCCCACGGCAACAUUCAGCAUACUAAUCGAACGUAUUUUGGUUCAAAUCGCGCCAUUAGCUUAGACCAGUACAGUAACAGCCGCCGGAUGUCGGACGGCAUCCAGAUACAGACGGUCGUGUCGGACAAUAGUGUGUACUACCACCAGCGCCAGCAUCGCAGUCUGGAGCAUGACUCGAUGUGUUCGUCCUCGGACAAGAGCACCAGCCUGAACAGCAGCAGCAAUGAUCCGCCUGGCCAGUCUCAGCCGGCGGCGGCGGCGGCCGCGGCGUUCCAAUCUAGUCACCAUGGAACGCAACAACAACCGCACUUUCACCAUCAAUACCAACAGCAGGCGGCGGCUGCCCUGCACCAGCUGCGUGCUGUUCAGGACUGUGAAAACAUGAACAUUGGCGUGCCGACGGCGGCUGCGAGUUCAGGCAAGUUGUACGCAGGUUUGAACAAUAACAAUAACAGUAGCAACAACAAUAACAAAAACAUUGGCAAAAAGAUGAGCUUGAGCCAGCAGCAAAAGCUGGAGAAAAUUCGCAAUGCUAGCAACAAUAACAAUAGCGGCGGCGGGUGCGACACCAGCGGAGUAGGCGUUGGAACGAGUGGAGCGCUGGGAAAGAGUAAUGGCGGCGGCGGCGGUGGUAGCGCCGUGAACGGAACCAAUGGGACGACGACGACGUCCGCGUCGAAAUCAAUCAUAUCAAGACUGAGACAACUGACUGGAAGAUUGAGCUUUAAUUUUGACUCGCGGGAAUCGAAGAAGCUGCAACUGUUGGCGCAGAAAGCGUCGGAACAGGCAGCGGCGGACGGUGGCGAAUCUCAACCCGAAAGAGUAGGCUGUGCGACGACGACGACGAAGAAGACGCGCUUGCUGGAGAAAUCGAAGACUGUGGAUGUGGGUGGGGGCGGCGGCGGUUCGGUUGCGAUUUGCGGUGGAGCCAGCGGGGAAGGGUCGAUGCAUUACUGCUGCGGGGGUGGUUCCGGAGGUGUGAUCCUGAACCAGCCAAAGUCGAUCUCGCCGAUUCUGAUGCACCAUCGGAACAGUGACGUGAUCGCGUCGAUGAACACGGCCCGCAACCGGGCGUACAGUUUGGACGUCCCGAUCACGCGGAACUGCUGUCGGAGUCUGAGCGGAAGCACAGCCGGCGGUGGUGGCUCCAGCUGCGGAGGCAGUCACAAGAGCUUGACCUUCUCGUUGAACAAAUCGCUCAACGAGGAGGCGAACGACACCACGAUCAGCUCGGGACGGCCGCUUGAUGACAGCACGAACGCCACGACGACCAUCGCGAAAGGCGGGGGAAGCAUCAGCGAAACCAUUUGACAACACCCGUACGAACCGUCCUUGCAGGGCAUUCUGCUGGCGUCGAGUUCGCUGCAGACGGACUCGCCGACGCCACCGCCCUCCCACCAGCUGCUUCUGCCGGCCAGCAGCAGCUCCGGCGGCGGAAGUCAGCACCGGCGGCAGUCCUCUGGUGGUGGCGGAGGUGGCCAUCGGUCCGCUCCUUACGCCGAGUCGGAGUCCAUCUCGUCGAAGCACACGUCCGUGCUGGUCAGCUACUGGACCUGUCUGACGGAGCGGCUCAGCUCGCUGAUUUGCAAGUGCUGCGAGCGGACGCUGCCGCCGGCGGAAAGCGUUUGAAAGCGAGGAGAGGUAACGCGGGCGAAGGUGUAGGGUUUGUAUUUAUUUCUUUGACCUUUUUGUUUAAUAACUUGCAAGAAAAUUUACCAGCGUAGUAAGACUUCAAAUCUGGCUUCAAAUCUGACCCCGCAUUGGUAUGCAAACUAACUAACUUCUAUUUUAAGAUGAAUUUCGAGUAGGCUGAUGAUUGUUAAACUUUUCCGCGUGCACCCUUUGUGCUCCGCCACUUAAAACAUCUUUCUUUUCGAUGGCAAGGCCUACUUGUGUGAAAUUGACCGCAGCGAUGAUUCGUUGCAAUUGGUUUUUUUUUCUAAAUAUAAUCAAGCGGCUUAUUCUUUGGAGCCAAUCGGGGUCAAUGGCUGCUGCGUUUUACUUUUUUUUUGUAAUGUUUUUACUAGAUGUGCUUCCAAAAGUGUAAUGUAACUUCGACCUGUUGAUUUAUUGCACUAUUUAGCUUAGCAGAGUCAGUUAUCUCAACAAUACCUAAACAAACUUUUCUCUAUGUUUUUGUUGCCUCAAAAAUAACACAUUGAGAUAGCAAAAACUUGGGAAAAUUCCAUGAACAACUCAACUAUUCUGAAAUAAUGUCGAGCAAUGGUCAUAAUAUAUUCGAAUAGUUUGGUACUUGGAGGAAUACUUAUAAGUAAAUUGCUGAAUUGUUAGUGUAAAAUAUUUUUAAAAGGCGUAAAAAAAUGUGUUUUCAACUGCCUCAAAAUUCAAAUCUGGUUACAUUCGGUCAGAAAUUUGUUGAUAUAUGACAGUUCAAAGAUUACAAAAUCAAAAAAUGGAGUGAAAAGCUGGUUGAACAAUUUGAUCGGGAAAGGCAAUUUUUUGUCAAAAUUGAAAUGCUCAUAACUUUAACCAUUUGUUAAGCUUCAAGAAGCAUUUGAAAGGAAAAUUAUUCUAGUUUUUGAAUGUGAACGAAUUUAUGGGUCGUGGCUACCGGAGAUGUUCCGGACUUCCCGGGACCAUUUCAAAAAGCUGCGUGCCAUUUUAACUUUUAUUUCAUCUCUAUAUCCAAACUCUCCCAAAGGUGAGAUCUCAUGAUCUUGAAACAUAAAAUUAUAUAUUAAAAUGUGAUUUUUGCGUGAAAAUAAUUUAAUUACAUUAACUUCUACUUCGAGUAUCAAUGAGCUAGUUCUCAAGAAAUUUGUUAACAAUUUAGCACACAUGCUUAAACAACUUCAAACACAGGUUUUUUGCUUUGGACCAUGACAACAUUUGUCCUAGAUAUUAAACUUUGAAUUGUUUGAGUAAUUGUGAGUUUAUUAGGUACUCUUUCUUACAUGUUCAAUUGUGAACUCACUUUGAAUUUCAGGGAAAAUAUACUUUGUCUGUGUUAAAGAUAUCUUAUUUUGAUACACUUUAAAAAUGUCAUCUCAUUUUUUAGCUUUUCAUAUUUUGGAUUUUCUCAAUUUCCCGAUUAAUGUAUUGGCGAUAACCGAUGGUAACUCUUUAAAUCAACUUGUUAAACAGAAUUUAUUCAAACAAAAUCCACUCAGAAAUUCAAUAACUAUAAUUCAAAGAUUAUUUUUUGACAAUGUGAAAGCUAAUUCGUAAAGGAUUAGCUUUUUUUCGAAAAUCACUGAAUUUUUCGAACACACUCAAAUUCCAAUUUGAAUACAUUGGAGUUUAUAGUGGAAAAUACUCAUAUGAUCACAAAAUACCGUAGUUUUUAAAAAACUAUUCAUAUUUUCAAAAGUUGCAACAUGAACUUUUGUGUAAAUGUUCACCAGAUUACACAGCAAAAAAUCCGAUGGUAAAAUCGCAUGCAAAAGCAUGCACAUCACCUUUGUGAGCAAAAAGCAUGUAAUAUUGCAUGAGAAAACGUGUACACAAGAAACAUUUUUUUAUUGUGUGCGAAAUCUUCUUUUUGUGUACACGUUUUCUCAUGCAAAAUUACAUGCGUUUGCUCACAAAGGUGAUGUGCAUGCUUUUACAUGAGAUUUUACAUGGAAAUUUGUUGCUGUGUUGAGUUUUUAGUGGAAAAUUAAAAAAAAAAUCACAAAACAUCACAGUUUUGAAAAAACUGAAAUUUUUAUGAUUUGCCAUAUGGGGCAUCAAACGACGCUAAAUUUUGUGUAGAUUUUCACUUUCUUAAAAUUUAAAUGCAAAAUACUCAUGCUUUCAGAAAAUACCGUAUGUUUUUGAAAAUACAAAAUAUUCAUAAUUUGCAAUAAGUUUAUCAAACGGUAUUAUGUGGAAAUUUGAGUGUUUUACAUCAGAAAAUCUUAUUUAGUGAAAAAUAGUACAAAAUUUUCCGAAGUUUGUUUCCCAUGUUGCAAAUAAGGUAAAUUUAAGUCCAAUUAAGACUCGAUUAUCCAAGUUCGUUUUUUCCAAGAUUUCCUAAAAACUUCGGAUAAUUGAAUCACGGCAAAUUACGCUUUUUUGUGUUCUUUAUUUUCUUACUUCUAACAAAAGAUUCGAGUUUUACGACCAAUUACGUCAAAUUUGAGUGGUUGAUUGUCUAUUACAUUUAAUAUUUAAUCACCACCAUUCUUUGAUUUAAAAAAAUCCAAAUCAUUCUAGAGGAAUUAGAAUUGAGAUCAUUCUUGAUCAGCCGACCAAAACAAGACAAUGAAAAAUAAAAUGAGGAUUGGAUUACUUGAGUGAUUUUUUCCGAGGACUUCGGAAAAUCUAGUCUGUUUUAGAAAAAAUAUACCUAUAUUUUGGAUUUAUUUGAAUUUUAACAAGAAAAAAAGAAAAAUUAAAAAUCUUUGCAAAUAAAUACAGUUAAUUCACCAAAAUGAGUCAUUGUUUGUCGAAAAACUCAGUUGUUUUGAUUUCGGGGGUUUUUCUCCCCCAACUCAAAAAUGUUUAGUGAGAAAAAAAGGUUUUUUUUUAAUUUUCAAAUCUACAGGAAAGUACUAACUGUUAUGAACAAAAGCAUAAUUUUGCCCCAAAAAAGCUUUCUCAAACCAAAUGCUUUCAUUUUUUUCCAAACGUACUUUAGUUUAUUUAAACAAAUAAUGUUAUUAACCCUUUCACGGCAAAUAAAGAAGUAAUCUAGCCGCAUGUAAAAGGCCUGAAUGUAAAAUAAAUUUCGCAUUAUUUAUGAAAUUCUGUGUAAAUAUUACAUGAGCAAUUCUCUACCAAAACCGGAAAUGGAUUUUAUUUGUAUUUUUUGAUUUGGCUCAAACUUUGUGGGGGC